AUGGAAGGACCAACAGACAAACUACAUGAUCUGCAUUUGAACACAGCUUACAUAUCCCACCUAGAGCUUUGGAAGACUUUCUGGGUCGAUUAUCACAACGAAUACCCAGUCGAGAACAUGACACCGGGGGAGCAGUAUACGGUGACAUGCCGUGACUUCAAAAGAGGUCUGCGAGCGCAAAUCUCAUUCCUCCGGGCUGCGGAACUUGACCGCAGCCAAGAUGUUCUCUACUUGACUAAUAUGCAGAGCUUGCUGGGAGUGAUCGUGACUGUUGCAAAGCGGAUGAACAGAGAGGAUUCCGACCAUGAAGCUGUGAUCAACAGAGGCGUCGACCACUGGGACAAAGAUUUCGAGCGCUUAUGCGACGAGAGGAUCCUGAAGCCCUUGAAAAUAGCUUUUAUGAUCCUUUUGAAUGACAGUAACCGGGCCUUGCCAUGCGCGGAAGUAGACUUUCAGGUUGCGGGCAUCCUUCAGAGGGUUUUGAAAGUUGCUGAUAUUUUACUCUCCAACGAUGAGCUUCCUGCAGACUUUGGGCACAUUCAUUCUGGAUUUCCUCCUGAUCAUGGGCGUUUUUCGGAGGUGCUACCCUCUGACUACGACACGGUUGAGGAGACUGGUUCUGAGGGGGUUCACAGUCGCCACGAACCCGAGACUUGUGCUUUAUCUCUUCAUUUGGAAGAUAGGUAG